AGUGAUUACCAUGACCAUGGCAACCAUCAAUUUAGCGCAGCUUCCGGUGCCACUGCCACGGCUGCUGACGACGCCGCCUCCACUUGCCAUUGCCAAUUGCCGGGAUUUAGUGCAAAUCUGCGUCCAAAAUCCACACAAGAUGCAAAAUUAAAAAUUUUAUUAGCAAUUGCGCUAUGUUGUGUUUUCAUGAUUGUUGAAUUCCUUGGCGGUUAUAUGGCCGGAAGUUUGGCUAUCAUGACAGAUGCAGCCCACUUGGCGUCCGAUUGCAUUAGUUUUGUGAUUGGUUUGGUGGCAAUUUGGCUGGGCGGACGACCGCCUGAUGGUCGCAUGUCCUUUGGCUAUAAACGUAUGGAGGUGAUGGGUGCUCUAGCAUCAAUAUUAGGUAUUUGGAUACUAACCGCAACACUAAUUAUUGUGGCCAUGGAACGAUUAUACUCCAAUGACUUUGAUUUGAAUGCCAACACAAUGAUGGUUAUAUCGGGCAUUGGAAUUUUAAUUAAUAUCGUCAUGGUUUUUGUUCUACAUGGCUCCACGUUGGCACACGGCGCUGCUCACGGCCAUAGUCAUGCACAUGCACAUGCACAUGCACAUGCACACUCGCAUCCACAUAGUCGUGCAGUGGCGAACGACGGUGCUUUGUUGCAAAUGAAUGGUUCCUACGAAUUGAAAUACGCAAAAAAAUGUGAUACCGCAGAAAAUCUUAAUCUGCGCGCUGCUAUGAUUCACGUCAUUGGCGAUUUGGUGCAAAGUGUUGGCGUUUUUCUUGCAUCGAUAUUAAUACAAAUUUAUCCGAGCGCUAAGUUUGCCGAUCCUCUUUGUACAGUUUUGUUCUCCGUAAUCGUAUUCAUGACCACUGUGCGUUUAUUCCGCGAAUCGGUUGGAAUUUUGUUGGAUGCUGUGCCCUCGUCGAUAUCAUUAAAUAAACUGGAGAUGGAUUUAAUCAGUAUUGAUGGUGUUAAAAAUGUACAUCAUCUAAAUGUGUGGAGUCACAAAAACAACCACAGUGUCAUGAUGGCGCACUUGGUCAUUGAUUUUCUAUCGGACAGCAAUACUGUAUUGCAACGAGCUACACAAAUAGCCUGCGGCCCCAAGUACGAUAUCAAACAUUGCACCAUACAAAUAGAACGCUUGACUUCAUAAGAUAUGCUAUUUCCACCAACAAGUACAUACACAAGCAAAACUAAACCAACAUGCAUGCUUGGAUAAACCACUUUAGCAAAUGAAAUUAAAACUACUAAUUAAAUCAUUAAGUUUAUGAUUUUUACCGCCAAAGACUGACGCAGCGACCGAAUUGACCGUUCGAUGCCUUGCCAAAGCAAUUAAUGCAACUACAUGGAGGAUGAAAUUUAAUCCGACCCAAGCAAAAAUACUAACGAAUGCGGAGGAGGAGUGUGGAUGAAGCAAAUCAGAAAAAGGCUUACAUUCAUACUUAAAUAAGUAUGGGCACAUGUGAUGCAGAGCAGCCGGUAUACAUAGUAUGUGAAAACCAUAGCAGAGAUGAAGGAUGCUGGUGUACCGUGCGGCUGCUUGCUAUUUUACUCAAUUCAACUCAGAGUCUAUUACAAGCAAUUGACAAUGUCAUUGAAUACUGUUCGCUAAUUGAUCGUAAAAUUUAUUACCUCUACAACAAGACGCGCAUUACUACGCGGCACAUUAGGGUGGCCCGAA